AGAAAGAAAGAAAGAAAGAAAGAAAGAAGGGUAGCUAUCAUGGGUGAUUAGUUUAAAGGAGAGCCUCUGCUACGUUAUAGGGGUUGAAGUGAUAGAGAAGGCAUACAUACAUAGAUUACUUUCACCUUCAACAUCACCGCUACUAUCACCAUAACCCACCACACUUCCUCUAUCUCUCCAGAAACAGAGUAGAUUCUCUGAUUUUUUUUUCAAUCUAUUUGCCGAAAUUGAUGAUUUAAUAGCUCCUGAAUUUGUUGGGAGAUUCUUCUGUUUCAACUGCUGCAUUUUCCGGAGAUCUUCGGUGGUGCCAUUUGUAUUCGUUCUGGCGUUCGAAUCCUGAAUUCUAAUGGAUCGUAAGAGUUGGCCAUGGAAGAAGAAAUCCUCUGAGAAGUCUGUUACAGUCACCGAAGCUCUUGACCAACACCAGGAAAAUGGGAAGAAGCCGAGCUACAUCCAGAUCUCAUUUGAUCAAUACUCACAUUUCAACGCUUUGAAAGACGAAGUUCACAAGUACGAACAACAAGUAACAAACCUAGAAGAUCAGAUCAAGGAUCUGGACUCCAAGCUAUCCACCGCUAAUGCAGAGAUCGCAGCCAAGGAGGUUGUCGUCAAACAACACUCCAAAGUCGCUGAAGAAGCCGUCACAGGCUGGGAGAAAGCUGAAGCAGAAGCUUCCGCUUUGAAAACGCAUCUCGAAACCGUUACGCUCGCCAAGCUCACCGUUGAAGACAGAGCUGCGCAUCUAGACGGCGCGCUCAAGGAGUGUAUGAGACAGAUAAGGAGUUUAAAAGAAGAGAACGAGCAGAAGCUGCAAGAUGUUAUCUCGACUAAAACCAACCAAAUGGAUAAGCUCAGAGACGAGUUCGAGUCCAAGAUGGGCGAGUUCGAGCAAGAGCUGCUCCGUUCCGCAGCCGAGAACGACGCGCUCUCCAGGUCCUUGCAGGAGCGUUCUAACAUGCUCAUGAGGAUACGCGAGGAGAAGUCUCAAGCGGAGGCCGAGAUUGAGCAUCUUAAAAACAAUAUAGAGUCUUGCGAGAGGGAGAUCAACACUCUCAAGUACGAGACCCACGUGAUCACCAAGGAGCUUGAGAUCCGCAACGAGGAGAAGAACAUGAGCAUGAGGUCAGCUGACGCGGCGAACAAGCAGCAUUUGGAAGGUGUCAAGAAGAUUGCGAAGCUGGAAGCUGAGUGCCAGAGGCUAAGGACUCUUGUGAGGAAGAAGCUUCCAGGUCCUGCAGCGCUCGCGCAGAUGAAAAUGGAGGUUGAGAGUUUGGGGAGAGGAGAGUACGGAGAUCACAGGCAAAGAAGGUCACCGGCUAGGCCGUCUAGUCCUCUCAUGUCUCCGAUGUCGCAUCAGAUGACAGAGUUCUCGCUCGACAAGUUUCACAAAGAGAACGAUUUGCUGACGGAGAGGUUACUAGCCAUGGAGGAAGAGACCAAGAUGCUUAAAGAAGCGUUGGCGAAGCGUAACAGCGAGCUUCAAGUGUCGAGGAACCUCUGUGCUAAGACAGCAAACAGGCUUCAGACGUUGGAAGCUCAGGUGAUGAGUAAGAGUAGUCCAACCAAGAGUGGCUUUGACAUCUUCUCUCACCAACAUGCUAGUAACCCUCCUAGUAUGGCUUCAAUGUCUGAGGACGGUAACGAAGAUGCUAGAUCUUUGAUGUCUGAGCUCUCUCAAACAACUAAGGAUAAAAACAGUGCGAAGAUGAAGAAGACAGAGAGUGCUAACCAGUUGGAGCUUAUGGACGAUUUUCUAGAAAUGGAGAAGCUAGCUUGUCUACCAAAUAAUGAUUCUGAAGCUGAGGUUUCACCAGCGACGCAGCUGAAGAAAAGAAUCUCCACUUUGCUUCAGUCUCUCCCCAAAGAUGCUGCCUCUGAGAAGAUUCUGGCUGAGGUACAAUGUGCCAUUGAAGAUGCAGGUGGUGCUAAGCUGCUGCCUUCUGAAUGUCAUGAACCAGAAGAAAAGGAUGUAGCCAUGUCAACUGAGACCACUGAGAACACCGUUGAGGUAAUAACACAAGAAGUAUCUCAUGCUCUUUCUCAGAUAUACCACUUUGUUUCCUACCUUUCGAAAGAAGCAGCGCAGUGUCAGGACACAUUCUCCCAAAAGGUUCAAGAGUUCUCUGUCACAUACGACGGAGUCUUGAGCAAGGAGAAGACUCUGGAGGACUUUCUGUUUGAUCUCUCACGUGUUUUAGCCGAAGCUAGAGAGCUGAAAAUCAAUGUGUUGGGAUAUAACGCAUCUGAAGUUGAGAUUCACAGUCCAGAUUGCAUUGAUAAAGUCGCUUUGCCGGAGAACAAAGCACUUCUUAGGAAAGAUUCAUCAGGUGAACAUGGUUGUUCUCAGAGCUCUGACUCCGAGAUUCCGGAUGACUGCAACGGAACAUCUGGCUAUGACGCCAAGCUCUCAGCAGCAGCUUGUAAGUUUACAUCUGAAGAGUUUGAAGGACUGAAACUCGAGAAAGAAAAAGCGGAGACCAACCUUGCAAGCUGUGAAGCUGAUCUUGAAGCAACUAAGUCAAAACUUCAAGAAACAGAGCAGCUUCUUGCUGAGGUCAGAUCAAGUUUGGAAUCUGCUCAGAAGUCUAAUGGCAUGGCUGAGACUCAGCUCAAAUGCAUGGUGGAAUCAUAUAGAUCUCUUGAAACUAGAUCAGCAGAGCUGGAAAUUGAGUUGAGUUCACUUAAAGGCAAAAUCGAAAACUUAGAAGAUGAGCUUCAUGAAGAAAAGGAGAAUCACCGUGAGGCUUUAACCAAAUGCCAAGAACUCGAGGAGCAAUUACAAAGUGACAAGCAAAAGUGCCCGACUUGUUCAGUAACUGAAGCUGAUCCUAAAACAAAACAGGACAAUGAGCUAGCAGCUGCUGCAGAGAAGCUACAAGAGUGUCAAGAGACUAUACUGCUUCUCGGGAAGCAACUCAAAUCCAUGUGUCCUCCAACAGAACAGGUUGCUUCGUCCACAAGCCAAGAACAAACCGUAAACCAAGAAGAAGACAAGGAAGACGCAACUACAAAUCCUCAAGAGUUCAGAGCGAGCUCGCCGUCAGAAACACCUUCGAUGCCUACAAUGAGAUCUCCGGUAGGGUCAAAACAUAGACACACCAAGUCAAACCCAUUAUCGUCGUCCUCGUCGGGACUUACCCCUGAGAAACACUCUAGAGGAUUCAGCAGGUUCUUCUCCUCCAAACCAAAGUAAAAUCAAAAGAAAAGAGAGAACAUACUAUAAAUCUAACUAUGUUUUAUAUCGUAUCUAUUGCAAUAUAUAUACAGUAUUUUUACUAUGUGGGAAUGUUUUUCAACUUUAGUUUUUUUUUCUUUUUCCUUUCCGUAAUGACAACAGUUUGGUGUUGAAUUCUACGGCGUGUAAAUGUCAAUCUACCCAUCUCUUUGUA